CGCUGCGGGUUGCGGGGCGGGGCCGGAACCCGAGGCGCGGGGCCACGGCGCCGGCGGACGCCUGUUCGCGUGGCACCGUCCCCCGCCUGACCUGCCGACCGCUUCAGGAGCGGUAGGAUGUGGCGGACUUGCGGGGCGCUAAGCGCUUCGGCCCUAGCCUUGGCGCGGUCGCGGGGAGCCCGGGCCUGCAGCGGAGACGGGGGCGUCUCCUACACGCAGGGCCAGAGCCCGGAGCCCCGGACGCGCGAGUAUUUUUACUACGUGGAUCAUCAGGGUCAGCUCUUCCUGGAUGAUUCCAAAAUGAAGAACUUCAUCACCUGCUUCAAAGACCUGCAGUUCCUGGUCACCUUCUUCUCUCGCCUGAAACCCAACCGCAGCGGGCGCUACGAGGCCGCCUUCCCCUUCCUCUCACUGUGCGGCAGAGAGCGCAACUUCCUGCGCUGUGAGGACCGGCCCGUGGUCUUCACGCACCUGCUGGCCCCGGGCCGCGGGCCCUCGCGCCUCUCCUACUGCGGCGGGGGCGAAGCCUUGGCAGUGCCCUUCGAGCCGGCGCGCUUGCUGCCCCUGGCGGCCAACGGGCGCCUGUACCACCCGGCGCCAGAGCGCGCGGGCGGCGUGGGCCUGGUGCGCUCUGCCCUGGCCUUCGAGCUCAGCGCCUGCUUCGAGUACGGGCCAGGCGCGCCAGCGCUGCCCACGCAUGUGCGCUGGGAGGGCCGUCGCCUCGCCCUCACAAUGGAGCUGGCCCCGCUGCUGCUGGCGACGCCACCGUCCUGAGCCGCGGACAGCUCGGGAGUUCCCGCGGAUCCUGCGCUCUGCCGGCCGAGUGCGCGUGCGCGUGCGUGGAGUGCGCCGGGGCUCCGCCUCUUGGCGCUGUCCGAGGUGCUGCUGCCCGUCCUAGGGCUCGGCGCCGCCCCUUGCUCCGCUCCUCGCUCCUCUUCCGGGCAUCCUCUGGAUUGGCCCGCGUUCCCGACGUCAGGCCCGGGCGGCGGGCGCAGGAGGCGCGGGGCUCCGGUGCGCGUGCGCGCCCCGCCUCUGCUGGAGCCAGGCCGCCGCAGGCUCGGCGGGGAGCCGCUAGCAGCUGGAGCGUCAGGCCUGCACCUACCUGCGCGAGAGGGCGAAAGGGGACUUCGUGCAGGAUCCCAGCGCCGGUAGCAAGGACCACCCGGAGAUCCUGGCUCGAGUAUGAGUAUGCCGGAGAGAGGACACCGGGUGCCCCCAGCCCCCUGCUAAGCCGGAUUAGGGUUUGUCCGCUGGUAAAAGGACUUCUGGGCUCUCAUCCGGGUCCCUCCUCCCUGUCCGGGCAGUCUUUCCACACCAAUGUGUAUUUAGCGGGUCCUCCAGAGCUGCAGCGCCAAGCCGAGGAAGAAACCAAGGCUUUAUCGCUGGAGGCUGGGUGGGUGGCUGGGUGAGUCCUGGAGUUGGAGGGUGCCCCUUGGUGCUCAGGGAGACUAAUGCCAUGGGCCCAAAGAAUGCGCCCCCCCCAGUCCCAUUUCUUGGGGGCUCACACACACCCUGAGACCCCUGGCAACCGCCUCUGCCUUUUCCAUUAAAACUUUAUUGCUGUGGUUA